GAGAUUCGGGUGAUUGAAGCGCAGCUGCUGUUUUCAGGCCUCGAUGCUGCUGAAGCGAAAGGGACACGGAACCGCGUGGAGUGGGGAAGAAUUCGACCAGUAAUCAUUCUUGAAAGUGAAUUAUAAUUGUUAUUAAUAAGCAUAAAAGACUUUAAUUAUUAUUAUAAUGUCUCGGUACAUGAGACCGCCGAACAGCUCACUGUUUGUCCGAAAUAUAUCCGACGAGUCCCGGCCAGAGGACCUGCGCCGAGAGUUCGGCCGAUACGGGCCCAUUGCCGACGUCUACAUUCCCCUAGACUUCUAUUCACGCCGACCAAGAGGAUUUGCGUACAUUCAGUUUGAAGAUGUCCGUGACGCGGAGGACGCCCUGCACAACCUGGACCGGAAGUGGGUGUGCGGACGGCAAAUCGAGAUCCAGUUCGCUCAGGGAGAUCGGAAGACGCCCGGUCAAAUGAAGUCCAAGGAGCGCCAGUCCCCGCGCAGCCACUCGCGAUAUGACGACUUCGAUCGGGACGGCCGGCGCAGACGCUCGCGCAGUCGCAGCCACGAUAGACGCAGAUCACGGAGCCCGUCCUACGAGAGGCGCCGCCGACGCUCGGAUAGUCCCAGAGACUCCAGAGGAAGGCCACACAGCAGACACAGCCGCAGUCGAGAACACGACAGGCACAGACCAUCUGCCCGUGACCACCAUCGCUCCCGUGUCGACGGACGCUCCCGCAGCCCCUCACACUCCAAGGCCCGGGGUGGACGGAGAGAGUCGGAUGGGGCUCGAUCCCGCUCCAGGUCCAAAUCCAUCAGCCCACGGGAAGCCAGUGAUUUCCACGCGGAGAACCAGGAUGCUGCUGCGGAGAAGACACACGCACGCUCCCCGUCACGCUCCCGUUCCCCGUCACACUCCCGCUCCCGGUCCCGCUCGCGCUCUUGGGAUGGACGCAAGUCCUGGGGCCAUUAGAGAGGCGUAGGCCAUACUUCUGAGUCGUCAUUUGGUUGUUUUUUUUUUUUUUUUUGUUUCAUUUUGGUUUUGUGAUUGAGGUGCAGUGUGAAAUCGUAUCGGCAGUCAUAAACCUGCCAGUUUCAGCUGUCUGUCUUUUAAUAAGGAAAGAUAAUCAACCUACUGCCUGUUUUAGCAAACAUUCACAAUGUCUGUUUAUAGGCUGCAGAGUGUUAGCCAGCAAUGUUCAUACUAGCAUUGAAGUAUUCAGCGAAAGAUGUCUUUGGGGUUUAGUUUACAAGCGCAUUUGCGAGACUGUGCAGAAUGAGAGAUGUAAAUGGCUUUCAAUAUUUUUGUAUGAGAUUUUUUGUUUGUUGACCAGUAAUGGCCAUCCAUUUAAAACGGUCUUCCAUGAGUGUCUCGGAUGUGUUUUUUACUUUUAAAAUCUGCAGGCCUUUUACAUGUAACCUCAAAUUGAAAUAAAUUUCUUGUGCGUCAGUA